AUGGGCAAUGAAGCAUUGUGUGAUUCUUCUAGAUAUAAUGUCCCGCCAUGCCUCACUUCAUCAAAGCAUAGAUCAAAUAGGAAAAAGUUGCUACUUUCAUUUCUUUUGUUGGGAAUCACAUUGUUAUUUGGUCCUGCCACCGUUGUGUUUGUAUGGAUAAGGUAUCGAAGAGGUAAUAGAGCCCCUCAACAAGAAGAUUCAUUUUCUUCCAUAACACGAGAAAGAAUUUCAUACUAUGAACUGCUCCAAGCAACUGAUGCGCUUAGCGAGAGUAAUCUGAUUGGUUCUGGAAGUUUUGGCUCUGUCUACAAAGGCAUUCUCAGAAGUGGAACUUCCAUUGCUGUUAAAGUGUUCAAUUGGCAACUGGAUGCAGCAUUCAGGAGUUUUUACACAGAAUGCGAUGUUUUGCGCUGCCUUCACCAUAGGAAUCUAGUAAAAGUCAUUACUAGUUGUUCCAACAUUGAUUUUAAGGCUUUAGUGCUUUACUACAUGCCUAAUGGGAGUCUUGAGAAGUAUUUGUAUUCACACAACCACUUCCUUGACAUCAAGCAGAGACUAAGCAUAAUGAUAGUUGUGGCAUGUGCUUUGGAAUAUCUUCACCAAGGGUGCGCAUUGCCAGUCAUUCACUGUGAUGUGACGCCUAGUAACAUCUUGCUGGAUGAGGAUAUGGUUGCCCACCUAAGCCACUUUGGCAUCUCAAAACUUCUUGGUGAACAUGAGAGUGAUUUAUACAUAAAAACCUUGGCAACACUGGGUUAUAUUGCGCCAGAGUAUGGGCAAGAUGGGUUAGUGUCUACUAAAUGUGAUGUCUAUAGUUAUGGGAUCAUGUUGCUGGAAACGUUUACCCAGAGAAAGCCUAAUGAUUUUGAGGGAGAUCUUAGCUUGAAGCAAUGGGUGAGUCAUUCAUUCCCAGAGGCAAUAAUGGACGUUCUAGAUGCCAACUUGAUAACACCAACGAAUAAUCGCUUACAGAAGGAGCUAGAUGUUGUGGCAUCCAUCAUGGAAGUGGCAUUAGAUUGUUGUGCUGAAUCUCCGGAAGGAAGGACAAACAUGACAGAUGUUGUUGGGAUGCUACAGAAGAUCAUGAUUCAACUUCUUACAUCGCAGCAGCUACCUGGAAACAUUGGCGUUUUAGGUGAUAAAAUUAUUGAACAGAGCGUUGGCAGAGGAAAACAGGUUGCUGAUCAUGUUGAGAAGGAGUCUGUUUUAGUAGUAUAG